CAAAAAUCCAAAAUCCAAAAUCCUUCCUGCGAACCAUUUCCGUCCGCAUACGAGCUUGGGGGCAUGGCCGCCGCCCUAGCGGCUUCUCGCGCUUCCCUCCUCCACCUCCUCCGACUAAAGCCCCUUCGGCCAUCCGUGCCGCUGCCCAACUUAUCCUUCCGCCGCCGCGGCGUUCCUCUUCUCCGUCGAUGCUCCUCUCAAUCGUCCCCUCAAACCAUCGCGGCGCCGAACCUGGACUUGGAUCCCUCCGACCGUUCCUGUGCCACUCGUAACGUCGUCGACAUCCUCCAGGAACGGGGCCUCGUGGAAUCCAUCACCAGCGAGAGUCUCAGAUCCGCGUGCUCCAACGCCGCCGCCAGUCCCCUCAAGGUCUACUGCGGCUUCGAUCCGACCGCUGAAAGCUUGCACCUCGGGAACCUCCUAGGGAUCAUUGUCCUUUCCUGGUUCCAGCGCUGCGGCCACAAGGCUGUUGCCCUGAUCGGUGGCGCCACUGGCCGCGUGGGAGAUCCGUCUGGAAAAAGCUUAGAGCGGCCGGAGCUCGAUCUAGACACCUUGGAGAGGAAUACUGCCGGCAUCAAGGAUUUGAUCUCUAAAAUCCUGGGAAGAAAGCUAGGGAACGAGGAUAUUAGCGACGACCUGGAAGUGAAACCUCACAAAGGUUUGAUCUUUGAUGAUUCUUUUGUGAUUCUGAACAAUUACGACUGGUGGAAGGACAUCAAAUUGUUAGACUUCCUGAGAGAGGUAGGAAGAUUUGCUAGGGUUGGUAUAAUGAUGGCCAAGGAGAGCGUGAAGAGAAGGUUAACCUCAGAUGAAGGAAUGAGCUACACUGAGUUCACUUAUCAGCUGUUGCAGGGUUAUGACUAUCUACAUUUGUUCAAAAACAUGGGUGUCAAUGUUCAGAUUGGCGGUAGCGAUCAGUGGGGCAACAUCACUGCUGGCACCGAACUGAUUCGAAAGAUAUUGCAGGUUGAGGGGGCUUAUGGUUUGACCUUCCCUCUCUUGCUCAAGAGUGAUGGUACCAAGUUUGGGAAAUCCGAAGACGGGGCUAUAUGGUUGUCGGCGGCAAUGUUGUCUCCCUACAAGUUCUAUCAAUACUUCUUCUCGAUACCGGACAUUGAUGUCGUAAGGUUCUUGAAGAUCCUUACCUUUUUGAGUAUGGAAGAGAUUGAAGAACUAGAGGACCAAAUGAAGAAGCCUGGUUAUGUUCCUAAUACAGCUCAGAGGAGGCUUGCGGAAGAGGUUACGCGCUUCGUGCACGGGGAUGGGGGACUCACCGAAGCUUUGAAGGCAACCGAAGCUUUGAGACCUGGAGCUGAGACACAGUUGGAUGCUGCAACAAUCGAAGGAAUCGCGGAGGAUGUGCCAUCUUGUUCUUUGUCAUAUGAGCAAGUGCUGAACUCUUCUUUGAUUGAUCUCUCAGUGUCCACUGGUUUGCUAGCUAGCAAGUCCGCCGCAAGACGGCUGAUGAGGCAAGGAGGCCUCUAUUUGAAUAACAAAAGGGUCGAUACCGAGGAAAAGAGGGUGGAAGGAAUCGACAUUGUUGAUGGCAAACUGCUCUUGUUAUCUGCUGGAAGGAAGAAUAAGAUGGUUGUGAGAAUAUCCUGAUUCAUUCCCUUCGAUAACUGCUGCAAUUCAUUAAAAUGUUGAUCUUUAUGCCUUUACAUGUUUUGUCUGUUCAUCACAUUUUAUGAAUUGCUUUCAGAUACAAUUUUACAGAUACAGAUUAUGACCUGUUAUAAUGUGCAUGGGAAGUUUGUUGUUGUUGG